ACACACACCACUCUCUCUCUCUCUCUCUCUGUCUCUGAACUGUGAAAAUGCCAAAAACACCAGAGGAGGAACAUCCACAAAAGGCCGUGGGAUGGGUAGCCAGAGAUCCUUCUGGAGUCCUUUCUCCCUUUAAGUUCUCGAGAAGAGAUAAUGGCGAUAAGGAUGUAACCAUCAAGAUACUGUAUUGUGGGAUCUGUCAUUCUGACAUCCACAAUGUUAAGAAUGAAUGGGGAACUGCUAUUUAUCCUAUGGUUCCUGGGCACGAGAUUACUGGCGUGGUGACAGAGGUUGGGCGUGAUGUAACUAAAUUCAAAGUGGGAGAUAAGGUUGGCGUUGGGUGCAUGGUCGGAUCAUGUCUCUCCUGCGACAACUGCGCGCAGGACUUAGAGAAUUACUGCCCCAAAGGUAUCCUCACAUACAAUUCUGUCUACUACGAUGGCUCAAUAACCUUUGGUGGGUUCUCUGAUAAGGUCGUUGUCGACCAUCACUACGUGCUUCGUUUCCCCGACAACCUGCCUCUUGAUGCUGCUGCACCAUUACUGUGUGCUGGGAUUACAGUUUACAGUCCUUUGAAGUAUUUUGGCUUUAAUACUGAACCUGGAAAGCACCUGGGUGUGGUUGGUCUUGGUGGUCUUGGUCAUAUGGCCGUCAAGUUUGGUAAGGCUUUUGGACUUAAGAUUACGGUGAUCAGCACCUCGGCUAGUAAGGAGAAGGAAGCUCUUGAGCGACUCGGUGCCGACUCAUUCUUGGUUAGCCGCGACCCUGUUCAAAUGCAGGCCGCAAUGGGUACUCUGGAUGGUAUCAUCGACACGGUCUCAGCUGUUCACCCUCUGCAACCAUUGAUUGAACUACUGAAGACUAAUGGAAAGCUGAUUAUGGUUGGUGCCCCAGAUAAGCCACUUGAGCUGCCAAUCUUCCCUUUGCUAAUGGGGAGGAAGCUUGUGGCCGGCAGUGGAAUUGGGGGAUUGAAAGAGACUCAGGAGAUGGUAGAUUUUGCAGGAAAACACAAUAUAACAGCAGAUAUAGAGGUUAUCUCGAUGGACUAUGUGAACACUGCCAUGGAAAGACUUGCAAGAGGUGACGUCAAGUAUCGAUUUGUCAUUGAUGUGGCUAAUACCUUAACUUGUUAGAUAAUCCACACAAAAUCAAUGUCUUGCAAGUUUGAAAUUAAUCCAAUUGAGCACUCUGUAGCUGUGUAUGACUUGUGGAUGGAUCAUCAUGCUAGUCAAUUGUGUAGAUGUUCUUAAAAGUAUUAGUGAGAUUUAAUGCUUUUUGUUUAUGGUUAUACAUGAGAUGUAAUAAUUUUUGUCUGAGAUCUCAUCUUAUGAAAAGUCUUGGCAUUUCCAAUUUAUUGAUAUUUUGAGCUU